AUGUACACGUUCGAUGGCUCGCUCCACAUAAUCGAGCGUUGCUGGCAGUCGACUGCAUCCCCACGUCCCAAUCACAACUCAUGUUUCGUUCCCGACGUGCGUCUCGAUGGGACGCUUCAAAAACGAAAAGACGCCAAUCCUGCUAUGGGCGAUUCCAGAUGGAAGAAGUCCAUGCAGCUUCCUGUGAUUGGAGCGUUCCAGCAGACGCUGACGUCUGUCUUCAGCAGCAGCCUUCAGCGACGAAUGCCUUCCGGACAGCCUUUUCCGAUGUACAUGUUCCUCUGCUCUAAAAUCAAGACUAGCUAG